GAAGGAGGAGGAGAUGAAUUAGAACAGAGACAAAGAGGAAGAAGAUGGAGAGGAAGAAGGAGGAGGAAGGAGCAAGAGAAGAAGAAGUGGAAGUUGAAGGAGAAGAAGAAAGGGGAGGAGGAGGAGGACGGAGCAAGAGAAGAAGAAGAAGAAGAAGAAGAAGAAGAAGAGGAAGAAGAGGAAGAAGAAGAAAAAGAAGAAAAAGAAGAGGCAGGAGGGGGGAGGCUCACCUUCGUCGAAGUCGGUGCCGAGGGUGGUGACGGUGAGGCCGGCCUCCAGCGCACCCAGGUAGACGAGCGGGUACUCGGGCGCGUUGGGCAGGCACACGGCCAGCGUGUCGCCGGGCCGCAGCCCCAGCCGCAGCAGCGCCGACGCCAGGCGGCGCGCCGUGUCGCGGGCGCGCGCAAACUCACCAAUGCUGUUUUGUUUUGCCAUUUGGGCAAUCCUUCCCAAAUGAACUCAUGCAAUGGAAUAUCUGGAAAAGUGAUGUCAGGAUAUGGACAUCGAAUGAUACGAUGGGAUGGUGUUGGAUUGUUAACUCCUCUUGUACGAAGAUAUGAGCCUGUCAGAUUGAUACAUGUAAUGGUUCUUCUGCAGAGCGUUGUGAGUGGUCAUAAAGUUACACACAUACGUGAAAGACUUGCAGAGAAAGCUGAAAUUAUUCGUUAUGAUCCAUAUUUAAAUAUGGAGUGUGUGUACAAAGAGUUCAAGAAAAUUAGAAAAUCCACUUUAAACAGC